UAUGAAACAACAGAGAGACAAGUUGCAGUCUGAGUUGGAGGAAUUUCGACAACAUUGGUUUGCUUCUUUGGCCCACGUCAGACCACCUGUGGAAUGCUCCAGUGAACCUUCUAUUCCGGUGACUGUUGAUUGUAAAACAAGUUCAUACACCGCAUCAUGUUCGUAUCGUAAGCAUUCUUGCGAAGCACGACCUAGAGGUGGAGAUGAGAUGAAAAGCCGAGAAGUUGUUAAGGUUGAUAUUGAAGAGGUUCGUGCAUCCAGUGAAGCUAAUAAAUUAGAGCAAGACAGCAAAUGUAAACAAAGUGGAGGAAGGAAUUCUCAGUUUGAGGGAUCCCACCAUAUGACAACACAUACUAAGAUGAGCUUAAACAACACUCAUAAAAGAAAGAUAUUCUGUCAACGAUCCAUGACAAAACGUCAUCGAAGAGAAAGCAUUGAGGAGAAUCUUGUAGAUCAAUUGAUAUCAGACAUUAAUGAAAUCACCGAUGUGCCCUUUUUUGACGUGAAAUUGCCUAAAGAAGUAGGCAUCCGAGUGUUUAGUUUUCUGGAUUUUAGAGACUUGUGUCGUUGCUCUCAGGUGAGCUGGAGUUGGCACAUUCUUGCUGAUGAUGAGGUUUUAUGGUAUAGGGUUUGCCAAGGACAGCAAUUCAAGAAUGUGCAGAAUUUAAGCAUUGCAAGUAGAGUUGGUUGGAAGGGUGUGGCAAGGCAUCAUCAUGUAAAAGCUCAACUUCUCAAACAGAACUGGAGAGAAAGACGUUGUCACACUCAGGAACUGCAGUAUCCACGAUGCAGAGUGUUGUCUUGUGUGAACGCAAGUUGUACACAGGUCAUAGCUGGAUAUGAUUCUGGUGAUGUUUGUGUUUGGGAUGUAACCGAUGCUAUGGACAACGGCCGUGUAUUGUCUCCCAGUGUUGAAAUGCUGGAAGGAUAUAAUCGUGUUACCUGCACAACAGUCAACAACUCUGCUGCAGCAUGUAGCUAUCUUAAUGGAGAUGUGUGUGUCUGGAACUCAUCCAGUGGCGAGAAGCAGCACACAGUUACGUUACCAGGCUCUGCCAAAUGUAUGAGGAUGUCUUCUGAUGGAUGCUGCUUGGCUGUGGCAACUAAUAACACUUUCCAGUCAUAUCAGUUAUGCCACAUACAUCAGUUCAACUCAGAUACCGACGAGCUGCUGUGGCUCUGCAAAGAUGGAUUUCAAAUUCUUUCACAGAAUUCUGCCAUCUUUUCUGCAAACUCGAUGAUAAAGAAAUUAUCAUUUGUUUCUGCCUGUUUGGAUCAGUAUAGAGUUGUGAUAGCUACGGACAGAGAGGUUUACCUCCACACUGUUGGAUGUAGCCCUGAUAGAAUGCUGAUGUUUGAGGGUGGAGAAGCACGUCAGAUACGUUUGACUUGUUCUGAUACGACAUCUGACUUUCUUGCAUGUGGUGUGAGUGGGUAUGGAUUUGAUGCUCUUUGUGAGGGCUGCAGAGUUCGAGUGCACAGUCUCUGCACAGGACAGUUUUUGUGCAGCCUGUCUGGCCACUGGAGCGAUGUGUUAUGUGUCGACAUAGCAAAUGCACCAAAGAACAUGAUUGUUAGUGGAUCUGCUGACAAAAGUGUUAGAGUGUUUGAUAUGAGGAUUGGUAGCAGUGCUUUCGUACUGAAAGGUCACACGUCUUAUGUGAGUCAUGUUCAGAUGGAUGACUGGAAGGUAGUCAGUGGAACUAAUGAUGGCACGGUAUAUGUAUGGGAUCAAAGGAUGCAAAGACCACUAUGGGAUACUCACAGUAGGCAUCCUGUUCACCUCUGCUGUUUUGAUGAGACAAGACUGAUAACAGCCAACGUCCCUCUUGUUGACUCACGCGUCUACCAUGACACAGAUGACGGGAUAUUUCACAGAAGGUUGACGGGAAGCAUUCAUGUAUUUGAUUUUUCCGUGUCAGAAUUGGAUACUCAAGACUUGCCAUCUGUUUGCUACUCAAAUUAUGAUGAACCAAGUGCCUCAAGUUACCGUGUUGGCCUUGCAGUACCUUAUGACGAGAUCUAAGUUAUUAGCUCAGCUACUAAAAUGUCAAGAUAAGACAGAAAAUAUUGUAAUGUGAGUGAUUAGUAUGUAUAUACUCAGAUCACUUUGACAUGUUGACGUGUGUUUUCCUUUCGGAGGCACUCAAGUUGUUUACAACUCUUAAUACGUAGUAUACACACCGCAAUUGUAUGUAUAUGAUAUUAUAUAAUUUUAAUUUCAAGGUCUACAAAGCGUUUCAGUUG